AAUUUAAGAAAAAGAAAAAUGGUUUUACCUUGGUUGAAGUCCAGUCCACAGGCUACUCUUCAUGGUUCUCCUAUUGCAGCUACAAUGAGCUCCAUGCCUGGGGACGUAUUUCUACAAGGUAAACCAUUACGGACAUCAUUACAGACACAGGCAAACUGUAUCAAAGGAUGCAGCAGAUGCUCCUGAAACACCUUGUGACAAUAACAUUUUUGUGCACAGCGAAGGGGAUAAACACCAAGAAAGGCAUUAAAUGUGGAGGAGUUCUCUCAGCACCCCAUGGCAAUGUCUCAAGCCCAAAUUUCCCUGGACUCUACCCUUAUGAUAUAGAUUGUGUGUGGCUCAUUGUGGUAACAGAAGGAUCGUCUGUUCUGCUCACCUUUCAUCACUUCGACCUGGAAUUCCAUGACAGCUGUGAAUUUGACUACAUCAAAAUCUACAAUGGGGUCUCAGAAGACCAAGGAAACCUCCUCGGCAAAUUCUGUGGUACAAGUUUUCCUCCACCAUUUACAUCAUCUUGGAAUGUCAUGAGUAUAAUAUUUCACUCAGACAACCAUGUGGCCAGCCACGGUUUCUCUGCCGUUUUCCAAAAAGAUGUUUGUGGAGGUGUGCUGACUGGCCUUUCUGGAUCAAUAACAAGCCCAGAUUACCCAGAAAAUUACCCCAACAAUGCUGAAUGCCAUUGGGUUAUCCAAGCAACUUCAAAUUCUGUUGUCAAGCUGACUUUUGUUGACUUUCAGAUGGAAAAUGAUGAGCAGUGCAAUUUUGAUUAUGUGGCUAUCUUUGAUGGUCCCACUAUGGAUCAUACACUUCUCAGUCACUACUGUGGGAACAUGAAGCCUCCAGAUAUGGUCUCCUCAGCACAAGAACUGCUGGUUGUUUUCAAAUCGGACUUCAACAUUGCAGGCAGAGGUUUCAAAGCAUAUUACUUUUCAGGUGCAUGUCAGGAGGUAUAUACCACCAUCAAAGGAAAUUUCUCCAGUCCUCAAUAUCCCAACUCUUACCCCAAUAAUAUCAAGUGUCACUGGACGGUCCAGCUGCCCCUAGGAUAUCGAAUAAAAGUCUUUUUCCUGGACUUGGAUCUUGAGGGGCGGAACAGCCUGACAGAUGGCUGUGAUUAUGACCAUCUGGCUGUGUUUGAUGGAGGCACCGAGAAGGCGUCUCUGCUAGGAAAGUGGUGUGGGAGAGAAAUGCUGUCUCCUAUUAUAUCCAGUGGAAACCAACUACUCUUGGUCCUUCACACAGACAGAAAUACCGCCAACCGCGGUUUCUCAGUGUCCUACAUUGGAGUUGUUCCUAUGAAUGUUACCUGCACACGAACAGAAUUUCAGAUCCAGAUCCCCACGCAGUCACUGGCCCAGCUGGAACGAAAUAAGGUCUAUUUAGGGGUCCCAUCCUGCCCUGCACAAGUGGUUGGCCUGAACUUUAGGAUACAUGCAAGGUUUGAAACCUGCGGCACAGAACCACAAAAAAGAAAUAACACCUCUGUAAUUGUCAGCAUCCUGCACAUUGACUUUUCAGAUGGAAAUCAGGAGGACGUUCACCAGUAUGAAGUGCAGUGUGAGCCUAAAAGGAAAGAGGCGUCUGUGAAUCUUAUCUCUGGCUCUGAUCCCUACAGGCUGAACCAGUAUGCUGAGAACCUGGUAGACUCCCAGCAGGAGGAUGGAGAGGCAGCAGAAGCCUAUGAGACCAAGGGCCAGGACACCAGUGACAUUGUCUUCAUCAGCAUCUGUAUUCUUGCUGGGGUUCUUAUGGUAAUUGCUAUUGUUGGAUUAGUCUUGCUAUAGGGUGCUUAUGACUUCGUCAGUCAAUAGAAACUGAAGCUACUUUGUGCCUGAACACCCAUCCAGUUUUUAUGCCAGCUACUUAGGGCACGCCUGUGAGGCUAUGUGCUCUGGAGUCAGAUUAGGUGGCUAUCUUCAGUAGCACCACACAAUGACACUGUUAGAUUGCUCUUGGCUCCUGCCAGCCUGGAUCUCAACAGAACUUGCUCAGAAUCACAGUUUCAGUGUGGGUGCAUUAGACAGAUGAUUACUAGUGUCCUCUCUCUUUUUUCUUCUAUCCCCCCUGCCUUUAUUCUGGAACAAGAAGAAUACAAAAACAAUGAUACAAAAACAUAGGCAGGUUAUUCAAAAAACUGUAUGCAAGGCGUUUUUGAAUAACCCAUAUGCAAAGGGUCUUUACCACCUUUGAGACUAACUGAAAGAAAGAAACUGGAGGCAUGAGCUUUCAAAGACUUGAGCCCAAUGGUGUCCCCACCCCUCUUCUGAGGUGUCACCCACUGCAGGCUACACCCACAUGCAUACAUACAUAUCCCUAGUGAUGCCACUGCUUGAGCUAAUUUCCUCACAGUGGUGUCACCCAACCUGGUGACACCCAGUGGGGGGGUGGGACUUCUGGCACACUUGCCCCACACGGUGGCAUGGAUGCAUGGGAGUGCGCACGCACACAAGUGAAUGCUUGUGCAGCUCCAUGGCAGCCCAGACAGUGAAUGCAAGGCCUCAUGGCGGCCUAGAAAGGAUGCCCAAGGCCUCACGCCAUCCCAGACAGGGUGCCCAAGGCCCUGGGAAGACCCCAUAGGGGUUGGGGACCGACCAGGUGUCACCCCCUCUUCUGGGGUGUCAUCCGGUGUGGCCUGCACCCCCCUUCCCCAGCGAUGCUACUGUUUCCUCAGAUAGGCUCAAGUCUACAAAACCUCAUGCUACCAGCAUCUUUCUUUCAGUCAGUCUCAAAGGUGCUACAAGAUCCCUUUGCAUACUGAUAGGCAGUUAAUAUGAGGAAAAGCACAUCACCUUGUCCCUUGUAAAAUAUUGUCAAUGAGGAAGAAUAAUUGCACACUAAAGGCCUCAUCUGGAAACAACCUGCAUGAUCAUCCCAGCACUCUCCCACUCCCUGUGUUCAAAUAAAACUGUUCUUCAUUGUCACAAUGGUAAUUUUUGAAUUUGCAAACAGUUGUCCUUCUCAGAACUUUGAGGUUGUUUCAAAAACAAUGCUGCAUUUGAACAAUUUGUGUUCAUCACAGCACUCCU